AUGACACGAACAUCAGAUAAACCUCAUUACGCCUCACUACCUGGCGAAGAUGAACUGGUUCUCGUUACAUCCGUGCUCGGUGCUAGUGCUAGCUGGCUUGCACAUGCAUUUCUGAAAGAAGCUCUUACUGCGGGUGAAAGAGCUGUUGUAUUCGUGAGCUUUACAAGAGACCUGGGAUUCCAUAGUGAAUGUCUCAGGAAACUAGGGAUUGACCUCACUGCAUAUGGCGCAAAAGGCCGGUUCACAUUCGUCGAUGGGCUCUCCAAGUUAUUUUCACCCUCUACACCUGGCCCUAGUAGCGCUGCUGCCGGAGCUUUAUCCGCUACAGGCGGGAUAAAGGGGAUUAUGAAUGGCAUCACGCAGGCGGUUAGGCGUCUUACGGCAGGAAGCGGGAAGCCGUUGCUGAUACUGGAGAACCCGGAAUUUUUAUCGGCUGCGCUGGAGAGUGUGGGUGUAGUCGAGAUGGGAGAUAUGGUCAUGGAAUUACGGGAGAUAUCAUACGGAGUGAUAAUAAUGGUUAACGCUGAUUCCGCAUUCCUUCAAGAGCCAAGAACAAGGCUGGAAAUUGACCAUACAGCAUUUGUGAUUAAUCUAUCACAUAGUGCAGCGUGGACAGUAGGAUUGCGAUUACUAGACACGGGAAUCGCGAAGGAUGUUAGUGGUGUCAUCCGGGUCACUCGAGGGGUGGGAGAUACCAGCGCAGAAGAAAAGGAAGUGCUGUAUUAUGUUGGAGAUGGAGCAGUAGAGGUUUUUGACAGAGGGCAAGUUAGAGGAUAG